AUGUUCGCCUUAUAUGUGAUAGACAUUUUAGUGACGAUUCUCCAUUAUUAUAUUUUUGUUGCAGAAAAGGGUAGUCUACCACUAUGGUUGCGAUGUUUGAUAGCGUGUUGUUAUCAAGUGGAUGAUUUUGAUAUUCAGAGCACGUCAGUGUCUACAGUGCUUGAUAUGAUCAACCUUACAUUGUCUGUCAAUCCCGGGGUGACCUGUGCCAGAGCUGGAGUCAUGGUCAUUCCUAUAUUAACUUUGGACGAAGUCGUUAUGAUUGAAAAGUCAGACAUCUAUAAGGUCAGUUUGGGAUUUUAUGCGUGGAUACAGAUUACUGUAAUUAAAGAAAACUUAAGAAAUAGCUCACUUUUCUUAAUGACGCUGUUUUAUACUUAAAAACGCACAAGUUGUAACAAACUUGCAGCAGACUUGAUAUUUGCCGUAUUGGUGUAAUGUACUCAGGUGAAUAAGAUGCUUGUGUGUUGUUACUCUGAGUGUAUAUGUAGCAAUGCUAUUCCAACAACUUGUCAACAGGAUGUGUUCGCACUGCUUGUUCCCAGCUUGUUGACAAGUUAUCAACCGGUUACUACAAUCUUUAGUUGAGUUUUGAAUCUCAAUCAUCGCAUGAAAAAUUCCAAUGCGAUAAAAAUGGGGUUGUUUGAGAUAAACUUGUGACAUGGAGAUAAUUUUACACCUUGGAAAACCAACCAUGCAUGUAAGAGAAAAACAAACAUACUGUCUGCAGUUUGUUCGCAACACAAGAGAAAUCACGCUUGCGAAAUCGUAACUUAAUUACAUGUAUACUAGGUAUUAACUCCAAAAUCAAAACAAUUCUGAGCUGUUCUAAAGAGUUGUUAAGCUUUCAGACGUCACAGACACCCAACUGUGCAGCUAAACUCAAUCAAAGGUAAACUCUUCUCUUCGAAAACGAAGAAAUUCUGAACAAUCAACUCCAUUGUGGUUUAACCAGGAUUUUAUUUUUGUACAUGUAGGUGAUUGCGAACAGUCUGUGGUCAAUCUUAGGCCGUCCAGUACCAAUCCAUCACAGAAAAGCAGUGGAAUUGUUGAUACAGCUUCAUAACCUGACUCCAAGCCCCCAUCUUUGUGAGAAUGUCAUUGGCUCAUCUAUGGUCUCCGCGAACAAGGUAAAUCGCGAUCGUCACAAUAGAAAUACUUGGGGUCACCCAUGGAAAUAUACAUGUGCUUUUAUACCAGUGAAUAUAAAAGCGAUGUUAUACCAAUACCAGUGAAUAUCAAUGUGAAGUCUUUCCUGUUAUUUCAAAUCAAAAUAUUAUAAACACCCUCUGUUUAUAACCAAUUAUAACCGUUGCAUCCCUAUAGUAUAUUAUUUUUUAUUUUCUUUAGGAAAGUCGCUUGGAAGCUUUGAAGAGGUUUGCUAAUCUGUGGCAUAUUGCCAAGAGUAUUUUAUCUCAGAAUAUUCAAGGAAGGACUGCGCGAGGUCUUCGCACUUUUGACAGGUACACAGCGAUAUUGUUCCAGUAUAAGUUAUUUUCAAGUAACAUAAAACUCAUCGCUAAUUUAAACAUGGUUAUAUAUGUCAUGUAAGGCAUGCUUGUAGAUUGUUUUAGUGGGUGUCGCCAAUAGUACUCGAAUGGACCAAGAAUAGUCUGUGUCAGGGGAACCCUUAACUUUAGGCUUGGAUAGCUGUACUACAUGUUAGGAAACUUUUAAGUGAUUUAUACAUGUAUAAUGAACAGGGACGCCGGAACGAUGUGAAGGCAAGGGGGGCAGAUUUUCGUGAAAGGGAACUUUUGAAUUGAUAUAUACUAAGAGAUGUUUGCAAAACAUGGGAAGUUGAACUUCGUCUAAUCAUGUUUUCUAUUUAUUGGAUGAUAGGGGUGUGAGGGGGUUCUCCGCCAGGCGAUUGUGCUAUUCUUGAAGCUCGACAAUAUCAUAUUUCUGACAAUUCGCUAUUUCGCCAAGGCAAUCCUUUAAAUCGAAAGGGCACCUUUGCCCCCCCCUUUCCCCUCCUGGUAAAGGAUAACGGGGGCGGCUGCCCCUCCUGCCCCUGCCCCCCCCCCAGUUCCGGCGUCCCUGAUAAUGAACAAACCGUCAUAUUUAUUUAUCUUUGUAGAUCUCUGUUUGUCAUGUUAGAUGGUCUUGAAUCUGAAGAACCAGAAAUAAGGUAUAUUUUUGUAUGGUACUUUAUCAUUAAUCUACAUCAAAGACCUUACAGCAUCUUGAUCUAUAUACAGUUUAAGCAUUUUUUUGUGAAACCAUGCAUGUCCAAUGUUUUAUACAAAAUGUCGACUUUGGUGCAUUAAUUUUGAGCUUCUUUGCACAGGCUACAAAAUUUGAUGGAUUUGUCGUAAGCAUUUCGCCAUAUGACUAUAUUAAUACUCAUGUAUGUUGUAAAUUUAUUAUAAUUGUGUAAGGUUACUGUGCUAAUAUUGUCUUGUCCAUUUUCGGUCGUUUUUCGAAAGUAAUGAAUGGGCGGAAAUGGAUACAAAUUCGCAUUUUCGGUUCAUAUACCUAAUUUUUAUUCACUUACAUGAGCUAUCGAGUCACCAGGAUUGAUUGCAAAUGUUAUCCAAUUUAAGUAAUAUUAUAUCUUAACGGGUAAAGCGGUUGCUUUGAAUCCUGUUCGAGUAACGAAUUUAAAAAAUGUUUCAUAAUUUUAUGUUGGGUUUAACAGGAAAACAGUUGUUACUACCAGUCUACCAACGGCUGCCACUACCUUUUUGACGAGUAACAUUCUCUGAGGUUGAAUAGUUUAAAGUUUUAAAGCACGGUGUAUUUUGGCUUAAUGAGCUUCUGUUCUUUAAAUUCUUCUAGGUCGCUUACCAAGAUGUGGGUUAGUCAUUCCUUGGAGCAAGGAGAUAUCGGGCGUAUUUUGGAGCCAUUGUUAUUACUUCUCCUUCAUCCCUCUACUGCACGGGUCUCGCUUUUCUACUGUGAACGAGAGAAGACGAGAAAACAGGAGUCUGGAAAUGAGUUAGGGGUAGAUAGGGACGCUGCGGGUGAACAAGGGGAUGACGAUGAUGGGAUAUUGGAGGAUAUCAAUGAUGAUAGUCGGGCGGUAUCUGGGGGUACAGAGGGACUCAAGUCUGGUGCGACUAAGGAAAAAACUGAUAGUAUGUAUUUAAAUUUCUUUAUUUAUACUGGACAGCUCUAUCAGUUCUAAACUGUUCUUCCUAGAGGUCCAAUAAGGAUCAUCUCUUAUUGUUCCAGUAUUACUACGGGAGGAAACGUAAACUAAACUAAUUUUUUUUAUUUUGGAUAGCUCUAUCAGUUCUAAACUGUGCUCCCUAGAGGUCCAGUAAGGAUCAUCUCUUAUUGAUACAGUGUUACUAUAAGAGAAAAGCUAAACCAAAACUUUAUUUAUGUUGGAUAGCAGUUCUAAAGUGUUCAAUAUUUUCCUUGCCUUUCAGAAACAACCACUUCUGAAAUGUCAAACACAGGUCAAGCUCCACAGCGUUUAUCAGACAUGCACAAACUACAUUAUUCUGGCAAGUGUGACUACCAUCGUAUCUUGUACGCAUUCCGUACAUUAUCUGGUGUGCUACGAGUCGUUCCUAGACAGUUUGUUUGCGCCUCGGCUGCCACCAGUAUCGGGAGCUCGUUUGGACCCUACGAGGAACGCAUUAAGGAACUUUUGAUUCGCCAUAAACGUUCAUUACUUGGCAAAGGAUUUUAUGGUCCGCUCUUUGGAGACAGAGGUAGAGACAAACCUAUUCUAUUUAUACUGGAUAAAAUAAUACUAGAUAGUUUGGAUAGUUAUACUGGAUAGUUUUGUCAGUUCUAAACUGUUCUUCCUAGAGAUCCAGUGUUACUACAGGAGGAAACUUAAACUAAACUAACCUUAUAUAUACUGGAUAGCUCCAUCAGUUCUAAACUGUUCUCCCUAGAGGUUCAGUAAGGAUCAUCUCUUAUAGAUCCAGUGUUACUACAGGAGGAAACUUAAACUAAACUAACCUUAUAUAUACUGGAUAGCUCCAUCAGUUCUAAACUGUUCUCCCUAGAAGCCCAGUUAGGAUCAUCUCUUAUUGAUCCAGUGUUACUACAGGAGGAAACCUAAACUAACUAACUUUAUUUAUACUGGAUAGCUCCAUCAGUUCUAAACUGUUCUCCCUAGAAGUUCAGUUAGGAUCAUCUCUUAUUGAUCCAGUGUUACUACAGGAGGAAACCUAAACUAAACUAACUUUAUUUAUACUGGAUAGCUCUAUCAGUUCUAAACUGUUCUUCCUAGAAGUCCAGUAAGGAUCAUCUCUUAUUGAUUCAGUGUUACUACUGGAGGUAACAUGAUCACCUAAUGCCUUUUCAUUCCCCAUCGAAAUUUAAUUUACUCACAUAUAUAAUUUAAGAGCUUGGUUACCUUUGUUCCAUUCUAUGCUAACAUUAUGGGGAAAGUGGUAACUAGGCAUGUGUGUUCGUUGAAGACUUGUGGAUUGCAAGGAAAUAUGCCUGAUUAUAUAACCUACAGUCUUACGUUAUUUUCAAGGUUCGCAGACAAGUCCCGUUAGUAAAAUCACGAUCAAACCCAACACAAGCAAAUAUCUGGAAAUCCUGAUCACAAUCACCUUGUAUUUCAUACGUAGUCACUAUCUCGCUGCGUCCAAUAUUUCUCGCGAGUUCCUCGAAGGCAAUGUCAAGACACAAGUCUCCAGCCUUGAAUGCCUGUCAAACCUGAUCUGGGAACUCGUCAAACUGGUUCGAGAAAGUGGACAUGGAUUUGGAAAUUUCAUCACGGAUUUGCUCUCCCGUUGCCGCGUUCAGAAAGCUAUCAUACAUUGUCUAGCUGCCACUGUCAAUGGAACUUGCGAAAUUCCGAUGUCACGAUCACCUUCCGACAAAUUGCGACCAUCACCCGACAAUUACCGAUCAGCUUCCGAUUGCUCCCGAUCGUCCACCGACUCCUUACCGGAGUCAUCCCGAAGGCCGUCCGAGGAGACCGUAGAUCAAAUGAUUUUACAAUCCAAACUUCUUGAAGUUGUCGAAUCAUUGAUUGUUCUUGAGCAUGCGCUUUUGUCGUGUAUCGAAGCGUUGACGCCAGAUCACCAUGGAAACUCAGACUUCGAGAUGAUUAUGAAAGGUGGGCAAGAGGCUGGCGCGAACGUGGAGGGCUACACCUCUCGAUUCAUCCAAGGAAAGUCCCUAUCCUCACAGGAAAUGCUGCUCACCAUGGUUUUGUAUUCCCUGAAGGCGCAAGGAGAUUUUGAGAUGAGCAGCCGCUGGACAGGAUUCGUGAUUGAGUGUUUGCCAUAUUUGGGCAUGGAUUUGAGGAAGUGGGUUGUCCCAGUUGUGUUGCAGAUGUGUCAUAACAUCAGUGACGUCACAAGAGUGUUUAAGGACCACAGGAACGGGCAAGCACAAUGGUAAGAAAUGUUGCACUUAUCACUUCAAAUCUGAUUUCCAUAUACAAUCUUGGGAACUAUUAUUAAUAUCUGGUAAAUAAAGUUUAGUUUAGGUUUCCUCCUGUAGUAACACUGGAUCAAUAAGAGAUAAUCCUAACUGGACCUCUAGGAAGAACAGUCUAUCCUACAUAAAUAAAGUUAGUUUAGUUUAGCUUUUCUUCUGUAGUAAAACUGGAACAAUAGGAGGUGAUCCUUACUGGACCUCUAGGAAGAACAGUGUAGAACUGAUAAAGUGUCGGUACCAGCUGGCUGCUGAUUGGGCUAAAUAAAGUGUAUUUAUCUAUCUACCUAUCAAAGUUUUGUAAUAUUAUUUUAUAUUUUAGUUCUUCAUCUCGCAACAAACAGUAUCCACCAGAUCAUUUAUUGGCAGCUCUAGCUGGUCUAACAUCAAUUUGUCAUUUUUGCCUGUUGGACGCUGUGUCUUCACCUGUUUUAACCAUACAACCUCGUGCAGGUGUGUGAACCAAUGAUGAUAUCUUUAUAAGCAUUAAACACGUGUGCGCCUUACACACUAGCCCGCUUAGAAAUAAAUGUACACACAAAUUUUAAAAAUGCACAGACGUAGCCGAUGAAUGUGAAUAUAUACUACAUUAUACUUUCAUACCAAUCAAUCGUGAAAGUCAAUUUGAAGAGAAAUCACUUUGACACAUAUUUGUUAUUAAUGCUAUCUAGGAUUUCUACGUAGUAGAAACGCUAAUGAAUUGAACUAUAAUCUCUGUAGAUAACAAUAACAAUAAUCAUAAUAUUGUCGUAUUCAUUCUUAAGGUAACAGCGUUGGCUCGCCUGGGUUGCCCUUUGAUUCUGGUCAGAAACCAGUUCGUUCGACGCAGAUAUUUGCCAAUCUACUCCAUGCAUUUUCGUCCAAUUCGAAGUCAAGUAAUUCGUCAGCAAGUGUACAAAACCCCAGCCCGCUGCUGGAGGCGAGAGAGGGAUUGCUGAGUGUCUUACCCAAGGUUAUUGGCACGUUGUUGUCUCUUUGGGGAGUCUGGAAUCUUGAUUGUCCUAAUGAGUCAUUGCCGUCAAGUAUGGCUUUAUUGGGCACACCUAAGGUAAGAACGACUGAGUACAGUAUGUUUGACAUAAUGCAUUAAUUUUAUUUAUUUACUUUGCCAUCAUACUUAUACAUUCAUUGGCUGGGAAACCACAACAGCUAUUGCCAAUUACAGCGGCCCCAAUAGUUAUACAGGAACAAUUUACAAGGUAUACUAAACACACACAACAGACAAUACUUGAACAACAGUCAUUACGUUUGUCUAAAAGCAGCAUGUCAAUGGAGAGUUCAUUAAACUUCGAGCAGAAUUACAUUUUAUACACACACUUUUCCAUGUCCGGGGAUCCUCAACAUCGUAUGUAUUUUCUAAUGCUAAAAUAUAGUACUUAAAAAGAAGAUUCUUGAAUUCUGAAAUUGUUAGGUCUUCGGAUGUAAUAUAAUUGGGUAGUGUGUUCCAUAUUCUUGAUGUUCGGAUUUUGUAAGAUUUUUCAUAGGUUGACGUCUUGUAUGUCGGAAUUUUAUAUUUGUGCGAGUUGGGAUUAAAUGAUCUAGUUGGGAUUAAAUGAUGUAAGUUGGGAUUAAAUGAUCUAGUUGGGAUUAAAUGAUUUAAAUUAAAGAUGAUCUAACGAUUAAAGGACAUUGGCAAUAAAAAAUUAGUUUAGUUCAUUUGAAAGAACUCUUAAAACUAUGUAUUAAGUACUAGAUAAAAAUGAGCUGCCGAUCUUUAUCUGGUAUAACCCAUCUUUUGAGUUCAUUGACGAAGUAAUUUUAAAAAUAAACAUUGUCUAAGUCGAGAAAAUCAAAGCUGAAGUUUAUGUAAAUCAGGACAAUCUUUAUGCGAUUUACAAACAUUGAUUAAACAUUCAUUUCUUCUGAAUUUUUUUCAUGAAUUAUUACUGAGUUUUAUAAACUCUAUUACAGAUUGUUUAUGUCUUGCCUUGCCUUGAAUUAUUGAGGACAUGCAUGUUACGUCAAAAGAGGGGUCACGCUAAUUUAUUGUCUUUGAGAGUAAGCGAUCAAUAUGGGUCCAAAAUUUCGUUUCUGGUUGCUGUCUAAAAUUUAGAAAUGAUUAAAAACAUUUCAAACAAUUUUGGAUUGUUUACUCGGUCAUUUUAGAGUAGUUUUAUAUGGUUAAUAUAGGAAAAGACAUUUUGCAGAGAUUUUUAUUUUUCUUCAUCUUCAGGCGUUGCGUCAAAACAUUCUUCAAUUACUGACACCAAUUGCAAUGACUCACACCAUCGUCUUCCUGGCGUCUGUCGCUGAUGUUUGGAACACCAAGAAACUAACUGAAAAAGAUUUCGAAACUAAAUCACAUUUCUUUCUCGCCGUCUCUGAUGAUCAGCUUCGAGUUAUAUCCUUGGUACUGGAUAUUAAGGUAAUAUACACUUACUUUAUUUCUCCCUAGAGGUCCAGUAAGGAUAAUCUCUUAUUGAUCCAGUGUUACUACAGGAGGAAACCUAAACUAAACUAACUUUAUUUAUAUUGGAUAGCUCUAUCAGUUCUAAACUGUUCUUCCUAGAGGUUCAGUAAGGAUCAUCUCUUAUUGAUCCAGUGUUACUACAGGAGCAAACCUUAUUAAACUAAACUAACUUUAUUUAUACUGGAUAGCCCUAUCAGUUCUAAACUGUUCUCCCUAGAGGUCCAGUAAGGAUCAUCUCUUAUUGAUCCAGUGUUACUACAGGAGGAAACCUAAACUAAACUAACUCUAUUUAUACUGGAUAGCUCUAUCAGUUCUAAACUGUUCUUCCUAGAGGCCCAGUAAGGAUCAUCUCUUAUUGAUCCAGUGUUACUACAGGAGGAAACCUAAACUAAACUAACUUUAUUUAUACUGGAUAGCUCUAUCAGUUCUAAACUGUUUCUUCCUAGAUGUCCAGUAAGGAUCAUCACUUAUUGAUCCAGUGUUACUACAGGAGGAAACCUAAACUAAACUAACUUUAUUUACACUGGAUAGCUCUAUCAGUUCUAAACUGUUCUUCCUAGAGGUCCAGUAAGGAUCAUCUCUUAUUGAUCCAGUGUUACUACAGGAGGAAACCUAAACCAAACUAACUUUAUUUAUACUGGAUAGCUCUAUCAGUUCUAAACUGUUCUUCCUAGAGGUCCAGUAAGGAUCAUCUUUUAUUGAUCAAGUGUUAACACAGGAGGAAAUCUAAAUUCAGUUUCUUUGUCUCUUCCUAGGCAUUAUCCCUGGAAGUAGUAAUCGAUACAGUUCGACAGAUCCUUCAUCAAGAAGUAACAAACCGCGACAAAGGUUUCGAAGCAAGUCUAUUACAAUUCUUUCAUGAGUUUCUACAACGUUCUCCUAUCAAUCACAUUACUCAAGCUAAGAGUUCAUUCUUAGCCCUGCUGAAAGAUGGCUUACAACUAAACCUGCCUGCUCCUGCAGUGUUUCUAUUACUGGUUAAUCUGCAUUCAUACUGUGUUAAAAUCCCGGUGAAAGAGGACAGAAAAUCACGCAAAGAAACUCAGGUCAGUAGAACUGGUUCAUGUGUCUCAAACGUGUAGUAUUCUACAAUAAGGUGCCCUGAUUUGUGUCUGAACUACCUGAAAAAGAUAUCUCAAACGUGGUGGUCCAGUGUAGGUAGUAUUCUACAAUAAGUUGUCGUGGUUUGUGUCUGAAAUACGUGAUGAAAAUAUCUGAAAAUAAAUCUUUUUCUUCACAGGAUGUCGCUCAGCGUCUGAUAGAAUCGUGUACAUCUAUCGCAGGACUGUCUCUUGGUAGUAGCGCGUGGUUCAGCCGUAACCUCUCAGUCAUAACCCUUCCCGAAACCAUUGCCGAGGAAUCCUCACCCCAGUCCGAGAGCGACACCGUAAGUAGUGACGUCAAAUCUGAGCCAGCAAGCAAACCGGUCAGUGGUGGUAACGCGGGCAAGCAUAGUACCCAGGCCCUCGUAGUACUCGCGGACGUCUUGGCGUCGCUGUUGGAUAUUUUAUUCGGAAGCGAGGAGAAAGAAAGAGUGGUGAAUUUCUUGAUUAAUGUCAUGGGGAAUGUCACGCCUUACCUUAGAAAUCACAGGUAAGACAUAGGGGGUGGGACAAAUAAGACACAGGGUGGGUGGGGGAGGGGGGAGAGACCUUUGGCAACAAUGGAGAUUUUAAGAUCUAUGACGCAGCAGAAAUUUGUCAUGCAAGACAAAAACAGUGAUAAUUGUUGGUCCAAGGGGUAUUCUAAAAUCUAAACGGCUUUGUCGUUAAUCGUUAUUGCGACCGAACAGGUGUUACUUGAAGUCGAAAUUACACCAAACAUUGCAUUGCUUUAGCCGAACGUAGCCGUUUGUAAAAUUUUUGAAAAAGCUUCUGAAAUUUAUUACGGAAAACAAAUUGCUUGACGCUCAUAUCCCCUUUUCUUGGGUAAAGACCUACCUAAAAUGAUCAUGUUUUGUGAUUGGCUUUCAGAAACAAAAAUGAUCAUUGUUCGUGACUCGUUCUUUAGAAAGACGAUUUCUAUAGUUUUAUUGUCUUUCAUUGUUAUAAUCAACCAACCACGAGCCUGGACAGUAUAGGUAGAUGAUAACCACUUUUCUUUCAUUCUCAGUGUGGCGAAUGUUCCGAGUUUCCGCGCCUGUUGUUCUCUGGUAGCCUCGCUCAGCAGUUAUCAGUACACGAGAAAAGCGUGGCGUAAGGAAAUGUUCGAGUUAGUUUUUGAAGCGAAUUUCUUUCAAAUGGCUUCGGAAUGUGUCGGAAAUUGGCGUAUCAUCAUCGACAAUCUGUUCACUCAAGACCACGCCUCUUUUCGUGAGCUCAUGGCGCGGGCUACGGUCACAUCUAGUACAACUAUCAGUAUAUUUGGAAAUCACGAGCAGGUAGGGUAAACCUCAUUUGCAAGUAAAGUAAACUUUGGUAACUUUUUUGUUCCACACUUGACUGAGAUCUCACCUAACCGGCCUGGUUUGUUUCACAUAUGAACACAAAUUGCAUUCUAUAUGCUUUACAGUAAUAACGGGCAUGCGCUCAUAUAAUCCAGGGACUGGUUGUCCAAAGCCAGAUUAGCGCUAACCCUGGGUUAAAUUUUAACCAGCUGCUUUUGUUUAUCUAUUUCUGCAUGAUUAUUUGUUUCGAAACAUUAGAAAAUAAAACCUUGAUUGAACCAAAAAAGAUUUCUGGAAAAACAUAUUCAACUUCAUUGAUGAGCUGUUGGACAAUUCUAUUUGUAAAUUUGUGUUACAACCCAGGGUUAGGCUGGGUUAGGCUGGUUAACCCAGGGUUAGGCUAACCGGCUUUUGAACAACCGGCGUUACCGGCCCCAGGACUGGAAAUAGAAAAAAAUUGAGACUGGCAGGCCAUAUUUUUUCUCUUUUUCGAGCCCUUUAAUGAAUACAAUGGAUUCCAGAGCCUACGACAAUAAAUAAUAAAUUGAAACGUCGCGAAGGCUCUGGUUCCACGGGGAGAUUCUUUGAUUAAACCGCGCCAAUCACAAAACAGAAUUAGUGGUUUUAGUACAGAUUUCGUACUAAAACCACUAAUUCUGUUUUGUGAUUGGCGCGGUUUAAUCGAAGAAUCUCCCCGUGGAACCAGAGCCUUCGCGACGUUUCAAUUUAUUAUUUACUAUCGAAGGCUCUGGAAUCCAGGGUAUUUAAUGAACAGACCCUACCCAGAACAUAGUUCUAACAUAUCGUUGUCUUUUUCAGGAAAUGCAGCAACGAGCUUUGAUGUUAAAACGUCUUUCCUUUGCUGUAUUCAGCAGCGAGCCUGAUCAGUACCAGUCUGUCCUACCUGAGAUGCAGGAACGCUUGGCCGAGUGUCUGCGCAUGCCCCAAGUCCCAGUCCUUCACGAGCAGGUCUUCUUAUUCUUCCGCGUAUUGCUUGUGCGCAUGUCUGAUAACAUGACGUCAAUCUGGCCAAUGAUCAUCUCCGAAAUGAUUCACGUGUUCCUUCUCAUGGAGAGCGACCUAUUGCAAGCCGAUACGCCGUCACGUGACCAGCAGAUGUUCUACUCCGAGACGGUCCUUGGUGCCAGCGGGUAUGUGAAUUACAGUCAAGAAAAAUGGCUAGGUUUGUACCUAUCAGUUUGCAAACUUUUAGAUAUAGCCUUAUGUCUUCCACCGGAACAAUUGCCCCAGUUCCAAAUGUACCGCUGGGCUUUUGAAAGCGCAGGGAGUCUGGGAACUAGCGGGACCGCGCGGAAACAGGGUACUAAGGAGACCGCGCCGAGCCUGGAAACUACUGAGACAGUUGAAAAACCGGAAGCUAAUGAGUCGGCGAAAAGUACUAAAAAAAUCGCUAAGAAUUCUGGUACCAAUAAGACCGAGAAGAAACCGGGUACAAGUAAGACUGCGAAGAAACAGGGUACCAAAGACACCGAGGGGAAUAUGUGUGCUAUUUUUAGACCUUACGUCAGUCGCAUCACGAGGCUGCUGGCGAAACGGAAGAAUAUCUACGUAUCGGCCGAACCACUCGAAUGUCAUGUCGGCCGGCCGCUCUUGACAAUGUACCAGUUAGAAUCGGUCGAUGAACUGUUGCCGUUCCUGCGCAUGCUCUCCAAAGAAGGCAGGAUUUUGCUUGACAUGCGCAUUAGCGAGAAAAGCAAGACGAGGAAAUUUAAGACGGGAAACAGCGCGAAGAAUUUUGUCGAGAAAUUGAUCGAGCGCGAUUUUCUUGACCCGCUUGGGGAAUAAUGGAUCGGAAGGUGAGGCGAAGAAACGCUGAAAAAUCAGGUUGGUUUUAUGGGCGUGUUCAUGUGAGCGCACGCGAAACUCGCCUGAGUAACGAACUGAUAAAAUUCAAAUUGUCUUCAUAUGAGAACUAGCCAGCCCGAUUAGGCGUGAUCUCGCUUUGCGCUAGAUGAAAUCUCAUUCCAUAUGAAGGAUUUAUCCCACAUGACAGAGAUGGACAUUUUUUGCUGAUUUUGACCUAUGAUAUAGCAUUAAACGGCAUAGAUAUAAAAUACAAGCAAAAAUAAACAUUAAGAGGCAAUUUUUUUCAAUGUCGCGUUUUGCGAUGCAUUUUGUUCAAAACCUAAAAUCUUCUUCGCGUUCCUCUCAAAAUUACUUUGUUUUAGCUUUAUUUUGUAGUUUACACAGUCAGCAACCCUUUUAAAUGUAUCUGACGGUUGAGACUACAUAAAAUAAUAGUUUGUAUUGUCAAUUUAAAUACAAUUAUCAUUGAUGCGGUAAAAUUGACGCCAUAUUUAUACGCCAAUAUAAGCAAAACUUACUGAACUUCAGACAUCAUUUUCUCUUUGACAUACCAUCUACAAUCUCUUCAUUUUAGCAUAAAUUUACAGGUAAAGCACUAAACAUACUUUUUAAGUUUGUUUGCCGCUUGAGAAACGUAUUAAAAAUGUAAAAAAAAUUGAAUAUUGUGCGGUAACAACAGCAUAUUAAUUAGUUUUGAGCGCGUAUUACGUGACAUACAAAAGAUUCUCCCAAACAGACACUAUUGAAAUCGUAAUACAAGCUGAAGUUUGUUUAAUUACAACAAAAAAUUCGAAGAUACUACGUCCAUGGGAUAAAAACAGUCAUGUGAACACAUAAAUAAUUCAACCCAAUCAGGCGAGCUUCCGGACAGACCAAGGCUCAUUUGAACACGCCCUAUGAAAGCUAGGGUAUAAAUAUAGAUCAAUAGAGCUUUGAAUAAUACCUAGAUAUAUUGAAUUGAAUAGAUUAAAGAUUUAGAGGUCUUUAUGCUAUAACGGGAAAAUAAUUAAAACGAAAUUCUUGAAAAAAUAUGGUUGUGUGAAUAGGCUAGAAAAUGGAUAUACCUUCGUGUAUUACAUUUAGCGAAGCCAAUAGAAAAAAAAUCCGUGAGCAAUGUGAAAAAAAUAAAUUUCACUUGAUAUUUAGCGAGUAGUACAAAUUUGAAUUUUUAGCGCUGUGUGGAAAUGCGCUAAUUAUAUUUAUUUUAAAAGCUAAUUUUAACUCGCUUAGAUAUUAAUUUUAGGAAGUCAUGAAAAGGUUUAAAUAUUUUAUUUAUUACAUAACAAAAUUUACAUUUAAUAAAGUCUUAGUUGUCGUGUAAAUCGUCUAUUUUCUUUUGGGUGUCUGAAUGGGUGAUUCCAGUUAGACUAAAUUUUGAUCUAGGCAAGAACAAACUCAUGUUGUAAAACCACCCCGGCAUUUUCCCGCGCAUAUCAAAUACAAAUAGAAAAUUUGCAAAUUUCGCAGGGCUCUGUUUCGCAUUUUACAACAUUUGACGGCCAAACUGCGAUUUUACUAAUAUUAGCAUGCUCUUUCUAGCUGUGGGUUUGGAUUUUGUUUUUCUUGUCUAGAUCAAAAUUUAGUCUGUGGCUGGAAUUGCCUACCGAAAAGCUGCAAAUUAACCCACUAAGUGCCAUAUCUCUCUCUCUCUCUCUGGUGUUAGACAGAGCAAAAUCAUAAAGUAGGGCACAUUUCCAAUUUGCCACUUAACCCUUUACUUUAUUAUUUUAUUCUGUCUAAUGCCAGACAGUUUUACUCAUCAGGGGGAAAGUGCUGCCACUCAAUGGGUUAAUCAGACUAUCUACCCAUGCACCCGGUUAACCCUUUAUGUGGCAAUGCACCCUACUUUAUUAUCUCACUCUGUCUAAUGCCAGACAAUUUUACUCAUCAAGGGGAGAGUGCUGCCAUUCAAUGGGUUACUAGACACAUAGGCAGAUAAUCUGUUUAAAAUUGUCUGGUGUUAGACAGAGUAAAAUAAUAAACUAAGGCACAUUGGAACUUGAUGGGUUAGUGGGUUAUAACAGCUGUAAAUAUUACUCAAAUAUAACCAUCUAUUUAUUCUGUCCAACCACAAGAUGCUUGACAAGAUUUUCUAAGCAAGUUUUAGCCUCGGAAUUUGGAAAACAAUCCAAACUUUCUAAAGCAUUGUUCCUGUAACUAUUUGCUAAGUCUUCAAUUUUCUCUGCUGUCUUGGCAUUUUGUAGUUUCAACCUUGUUCUUUCAGGCACUGCUAUCUGGGUAUUUAGGAGUUUUUCCAGUACAUCUGGUGGUAGUAUGCGUUUGUUUUGGAUCACCACAGCAUUAAUUAGUGGGAUAGUUUUUAAUUCUGUGUUGAUUUCUUGGUAGUCUUUGAAAAGUUGUCGAAGUAGUGCCAAGUUCUUGCCAAAUGUAAAUCCAGCGUCUUGGUGCUGGAGUAAAAUAGAUAUGUACACAAUUAAAUUUCUGAAUUAUAUUCUAGUUUUUAGGCUGUUCAUAUUAGAGAGGUAUCUGUAUUGGAGAAGUGUCUGUAUUAGAGAG